GGCUUUAGACGGAGGGCAGGGCUCAGACGGGCCAAUCGUGUGAAGGGCUAGUUCUUCAAGACGACCACGACCAGCAGCAGCUGGCAAACUACACCAGUCUGUAAUAAAUGAAGCGACUGGUAGAUGGGAUUAUCUGCCCAAAUGCACAGCUCACCGGUCAAUCUGAAGACCAGCAGACAGCAUGAGACGGGCGUGGGUCCGGCGUUUAAUCAUUCAUAACCGGCCUGAACACAACAGCUCAGUCUGUCCGUCCGGCCCCAACAAAGGAAGAGCAACAAACAAACAGUUCCUGCAGAUCAAUAACAGAGACGUCCACCUAAACACAGACGACAGCUCAGACCUUUGCUCUGAAACCACUUCAGACGCCGUGUCACCGGCUGCUUCUUCUUCAGCCUUACAGGAUGAAUUAUUCAUUUCUCAUGAGGGCGUCUGAUAAUGUGAGUAUUCAAAAGCUCAGAUGCAGCAAAAGCGCGUUCUGGUAACGUUAAUCUUCACAGCAUCUUGGUCCAUAUUGUUUCAAAGCCAUAAUCCCCCUGAUGUGCAGCAAAAUCCCCGCGGUUGCACUUCUGUUGCCUGGAGCUAAUCUCAGAUUAUGGCUAUCAUGACACUAAGAAGCAAAAGUGGGAUUGUUCUCUGCAUCCCAUGACAUCCGGGAGUUUCACUGAGCCAAAAACCUGACGGUGAUCCGCUGGUCUAUGGAAUCAUCUAGAAAGGACGUCGUGUUCAUCUGGGAGUUUAACUCAACAGAUUCACAGAAUUUACACAGAAAAACAUUCAGUUAGAAAAAGAACUGAAAUCCUAAUAAACCUGAAAAGCCUCAAUGUAGAAAUCCUAAGAACAUUACUGUGAUCCAGACUCUGCAUCAGCAGCAUCAAAGUGCUUUCAGUGCUUAUUGGUUGACGUCCUGUUUUUGGUGGCUCCAACUGUCCAGGAGGUGAAGCUCAGACUGGAGACGGUCAGUUUCCAAUGUGUCCGUCAGCUGUGGGGAGCUGAACCUCCAGAUGGUGGACCUGGUGGUGUUUGGGACACAUGGCUGAAGCCAGGAAGCCUAAUUGGAAUUUCAUUAAGUUUUGUGUGAGUGUUCAGAGUGGGCGUGGCUGUGGACGAGUCUGUGUUUUUCUGAUAUUGAGGAAGGGGAGAUGAUGGAGGUUUGGGGGGGGCGGGCCUCCACCUGCUGCCACCUGUUUGUCUGCUGCGUCUUAUAAAAGCUGCUCCUCGCCGUCUUCAGGACCACAGGCGGCCCUGAAGUCCAUCCGGGAGCUGUGACUGGCAUCUGCUCCGACAUCAUCGGCUCCAUCCGCUGAGGGCUUCGCCUCUUUGCACAGAAACCAUGAAGUCCCGUCGACCCAGCUGCAGCGACUCCGGGUCCGAGUCCUCUGAGCCAGACUCCAAGAGCCCAGAGAAGUACGAGACCGCCACCAGGAGACGGAUGGCCGCCAACGCCAGAGAGAGGAAGAGGAUGCAGGGUUUGAACACCGCCUUCGAUCGCCUACGGAAGGUGGUGCCGCAGUGGGGCCAAGACAAAAAGCUGUCCAAGUACGAAACCCUGCAGAUGGCCCUCAGCUACAUCAUGGCCCUGAGCCGGAUCCUGACGGACCCCCGGAGGCACGCUGCGCCCCACAGGCAGUGGCUGGACCUGCAGCUGGAGGCCGUGGAGCCCCAAACCUUCUCCUGCCUCCUGGAGUACGACCAGCCCAGGGCGCAGGACUACGUCCACUCUGACUUCUACCAGUUUGAGGCCCCCCAGCUCCACCUCUGAGGCUGCGGACCGGCGGUCAUGUUGGACGUGAACGACAGCGGGAAGACUGACAGUAAAUACCUUUGUAUUGUUUUUCUGCUUUGAGGAGGGACCGUCAGAGGUUUGGAGGAACGUGGAGUUUUGUUCAGACUUUAGCAGAAGUGGAACUAAUAGAACCGGCUCACCGCUUCCUCGGUUUUGGCCCAGAAAUGCUGUGCAAUGUGGAACGGAUGGAGGAAAUCCUGGUCUGAAGUGCUCGUCUGUAGAGUUCAACCAUAGGUGUCAUUUCCACAGACCUUUAUUUUGUUAAAUAGAAAGUUUUCUUCCAAAAUAAAAUAUUGUAUUUAUGAAAAUCUUUUUUUUCUCUUUUGCUUUGGAUUUUACAUCUUUUUUAUUGUUGGUACUUUCACACUUUUUCAAAUUGAGGAUUAAUGUAUUAAUGUAAAUGUAAUUAAAAUAAAGGCUAAAUAUA